CCAAACAAAGUAGAUGAAAGGUGGAUGAGCUUGGUCUGUUCUCUAAGCUCUGAUGAGAUAGGGGUGAAAAGAUUAGAGAAAACACAGGUAAGAUUCAUGGCCGCGGUUCUGGUCUCUCCGCCUCAUUCAUUCUCUUUAGUCGCUUCUCCUCUCCUCCUUCAACAUCCUUCCCUUUCUUCUCCCAGGAAUAUUGUCGGAAUUUGCUCGACUCGGAAAAUGAAGUUUAGACUGCGCGAGAAGUUCAAACCGUGUUGUCACGCUUACCCUGAUUUCAGUUCCCAUUCCAAGGUCUUCAGAAGACAUUUGGUGCUUUUUGGCAUUUCUUCUUCCUUUCCUUUUGCCUUACCAACUCCUUCAGGAUUGAGUAGUGUUUCUGAGGAUGCAAAAAUGGAUUCAUUUACUGAUGAAGUUAAUUCAUAUUCUUACUUGUACCCUACAACAUCACCAAUGAACAAGAUUGUCUUGAAAUGGGUAGAGUCUAGGAAGCCAGAGCGUUACUCAUCAGCUGCGCCUUUGUCUCCUGAUGCUCGCCUGCGAAUUGUGUCAGAGCGUGUUGAUAUUAUUCACAAUUUGAUUAUCUCUAUUACGAUAGGUCCCCCAAAUGCUAAUUUCUUGAAAACGAAGGACAAGAUUUCAUGGAAUGCAAAAGAUGUUGCUGAUUCUGUUUUAUCUGACAAGUCUGCUUUGCGUGUCACCUCAGCUCAGCGAUUGGCAGAAAGUUCUUUGCUCAAUGCUUAUUCCUCCGACGUUGAUGGUGAGCCAUAUUGGUAUUAUGAUUACCUUGUUCGCAAGUCUCCUGCAAAAAACGCUCAAGAAUCUAAUCUAUACCGGCACUACAUGUCAUCAACAGCCGAACGGGAUGGUUACUUGUACACUUUGAAUGCUUCGACUCUUAGCAAGCAGUGGGAUGUUAUGGGACCUCUACUUGAAACAACUGCAGCUUCUUUUCGUCUUCUUCCUCCUACGGAAAACUAUGUACCUCCAUUCAAGGAUCCAUGGAGAUUUUGGUGACAAAGGAUGUCAUAUUCUUAUUUACAUUAUUGUAUAACAUGUUGUAUGUAUGUGUGUGAGAGAAAAAGAGGGAGAGAUAGAGAUGGUGUGGUGGAUUAGAGAACUCAUCCCUGUAAGUUCCAAAAUGUAAUUUCAGUAUCAGUCCAUUUCUUUCUUCUGUCUGAUAAUUCUUUGAAACUAUGUCAAUUUAAAAUGACUGAACCUAUAUAGUUUAAUGUUGAAUACAAUAUUUUAACUAACAUA